AUGUCCCUUGUAAAAAAAUGGCAAGCGUGUGCGUUUAUUUUUCAACACUGCAUUUGUUUACUAACAACGCGAAAACAAAAAGAUCUUAGAGAGCAACAACAAACAAGAGACCUCAAUGCGCUAUCGCAUAACAAGGGGCCUAGUAACCUUGGGCCCCAUUUUAGCGUCGUUACGCCUUUGGCGGGAACAAGUUUCGGUUUUAAGAGAACAAAUAGUCAGAAAUAACAACAACACGUGUUGCGCUCACUGAUCACUUUAACAGGCUUAUCGCAGGGAGCGAGCGCUCAACCCAACUACAUGUGUGCCAAAAUCGUAAAAUCGUAAUAAUUGGCAGAGCUCACCUUGUGAAGACACAAACUGGUUUUAAAUGUGGCACUUGAAAAUACGGGCCGCCACCAAUCUCCAACUGGGACUUCAAACAUCUGGCAGCCUCGCCAGGUUUGCGGGUAUGGCCACACUGAAAAAUGCGGCACCGCUGACAUUGAAAAGGCGAGAAUUAAGCGAUAAUUGAUUGCAGUUUGAAAUACAAGCGAGAGAGUGCAUGGGUAAAAAUCAAUACAGGGAGCAGCACCAAUGGAGCAGCGCGCCAACUUCCUGGCUCUGACCCUCCUGGACGCCCUGGAGGACGAGAACGAGGCGGAUAUAAUGUCGAUGCUGGAGAGAAACUGCAUAAACGCUGGCAUCGUGCCCUGCGAGCGCGGACUGGCUCCCUUGCACUACGUGUGCGGCAUGCGAAACGGGGGAUUGGCCCAGCGGAUCCUGGAACGGUUUCUUAAGUGUCCCGACCUUGACGUAAAUGCCCUGUGCGACGGCCAGACUACGGCGCUGCACAUCGCCAGCAUUUACGGGCGGACGGAACUGGUGAGGAUGCUGCUGAGGCGCGGAGCUCGCGCGGACCUGGCUGACGAGGAGAACAAGCUGCCUGUUCACUACGCCAUUGAGGAGUGCCACUUCGAGGUGCUGCAGCUGCUCAGGGAUCACAUCUUUCGUGAGAGACAGAGCCAGAAGAAGCAGCAGCAAGUUCAGCCGGUCGACGCUCUAACGCCAAAUCAGCCGAGGUACAAUCACGAUGUAACUUCCCCGUACUACAUUAACAUCACUCACAGGCGGCAUCGACCGCAGCCGAAGUUUCCGGAGCCGACGGAGGAGGAAUGCACCGAUAUUCCGUCACUGCCGGAUGAGGAGUCUGUGAACCUAUUUGCUCUUACUGAAGCUCAUCUUACCCAACUCAUACAGAGCCAACGGGAGAACCAGCCGGAGGAUCCUUUUCAGCCAAAGAGGCGAACUCUUAUUGAAAGCUGGCGCGAGAAGGUGGAACGCUCCCGCGCCCGCCAGUUCCUGCUUCAUCAGUACGACGAGCAUGUGGAAGCGCUGGUGGAUGAUGCCAUUAGUCAGGAGGACUUCAGCUAUAAGGAGCACUUGCAGAAGAAGCUCAGGGAUGAGGACAAUCCGAGAAAUCUGACAGAGGAUGCUGCCAUCUCGGGUCGGCAGGUGUUCGAGAUGCUAGUGGAGCAGGUAUCUCAGGCGGUCGUCGAGGAGCCGAAGCCACUCCCGGAGCACAGCUUCUACACUGCCCAGGGCGACGAGGAGGACGUGGAAGAGAACUCACCAAGCCAGAAUGAGUACUUUCUGCAAAUCAAGGAGGCCUACGUUCACACUGACGACGAGAAUGGAUUAGUUUUUUACGAAGCGAGAUACCUACAGAAUAGGGAAAAGCGGGAGCCAGUCGAGCAAACUCCUAAAGAGAGGAGGCAGGAUUUGGAAAGCUCUGUGAGCACCAAUUAUACCCUGCCGCUAGACUACGAAACGGACGCUUUGCGCCGGGAGUUGACACAACUGGGUGCUUCGGUGGGUCCCAUUACUAAAACAACUAAGCGGUUGUACAUUAAGCAGCUAAUCAAAUACAAGCGCAAUACAGAGGCUUUGCAGGCAGCCCAAAAGCACGCCCAGGAGGCGCAGAUCCGCUACUCGGUGGAACUUCAUCGUACACUGCGGUCGCCAGAGGACUUUGAGAGGAUAAGUGAUUACUUGCUCCAUGAAGCAGCCUCUGCAGCGCAUUUCGCAAAGUGUGGGGUGACAAAAAAAAACAUGCGAGAGGGACACCUCAAACAGAGCUUUAUCUACAUGUUAAUCGAUCCACGUAUUUCGCGGAAUCUGCCUGGGGAGAGCGCUUUUCUCGAAAAGUUCGAGGCUUGGCAGCGUUUCCUAGACUCCAUUUUUUACGUAGGCAAGGGCAAAUCUUCGCGACCGUAUGCUCACCUUUACGACGCUAUGCGGCAGCAUACACGCCUUCACCAAAAGCGCGAAAAGGAUAAAACGAAUAGGGAACGCGUUGGCGGAUUCCGCACCAUGCAGCCAGAUGUCUUCCGCUCCCCGCCACCGGGAGAUGGCAAGAUGGGAAGCCGUAAGCUGGAGCGCAUCUUGGAUAUUUGGCAACAUGGGAGUGGAGUCGUAUGUCUGCAUGUCUUUCACAACAUCUUGCCAAUUGAUGCAUACACACGCGAAGCGUCUAUAAUAGACGCCAUGGGCUUGAAUCAUCUUACCAAUAUGAAGCGCGGCGACUACUACGGACCGGCUCAGUCAUGGACUAUGAAACAGAAGAAGCAGCUGGGAAUCUGUCUGCUUCUUAAGGCCAUGCACAUCUAUCUGGCGGAGGGAGAAUCUCAGUUGUCGCCAAGCGACCUUCUCUGAGAACGGGAAUUAAAUGUGGUUCCGAAAAAAUAUUGACAAUUAGCACCAAGUACAAAGUGGAGCGGCGCAUCUAGAAAAUGUUCAUAAAUGGAUCUCAAGAUUAAUUAUAUUUAGAAAAUAGGCAUAUACUUGGGGUGUUAGAAGAGCUAAGUUUGAACUUAAUGCAGUAGUCUACAAAUUUCAAUUCCAGCUUGGACCAUUAGCGGUAACAUUUUUAAAUGGCUGUUGAUUUGCAAAAUAUUAUAUCAUUUAUUUUUUGUCAAAAAGUAUUACAAUUUAGAAGGGUAGUCUUAUAUAUGUACACAGAUUACUUCCAAAUAAUAAAAAUACAUCACCCAAGGAUA